CCCAACUCACGGCAAGCUGCAUCCUUUCCUUUGCGGUCGACUUCACCAAGCAAAAUGGCCUCCUUCCUUGUUGAAUGCCUUGGAUGGCUCAUCGUCGUCCUCUUUUCCAUGUACAUUUUCCAGCUGCUCCGUGACGCUCGCCGCCGCCUUCCCCCGGGCCCCUGGCCGCCGAAGCCUAUCAUCGGCGACCUCCUCGACCUCGGGGAGGACGGCCAGCAGCACCGCGCGUUCCUGCGCCUGGCCGACCGCUACGGCGGCCUCAUGUGCCUCCGCUUCGGCAUGGUGCCCCACGUGAUCAUCUCCACGCCAGACGCCCUGCGCGCCGUGUUCGGCGGGGAAGGCAAGAAGGUGGACAACAUCGCCGGCCUCCCGAGCCUGGACGUCCUCAGCGCCAUGGGCCACCGCGCCCACACCAUCUUCGCGCUCCCGAGCCAGGACGGCAAGUGGCGCGCGAUCCGCAAGUUCGCCGCCGCAGAGAUGCUGGCUCCCAGGCGGAUCUCCGCCGGGGCCGGGGCGCUGCUGCAGACCAAGAUCGUUGAGGCGCUGCACCGAGAGGUGUCGGGCCACGCCGCGCGCGGCACCGCCGUCGUGUUCAGGCACGCGGUGCUCGACUCCAUCCUGAGCCUGCUGCUGGGGGUGCUCUACUCCACCGACCUGGAGCCCAAGGAACGGGCCGUGUUCAGGGACAUCAUCGAGGAUAUCGUUGGGAUGCUCGGCACGGCUAACGUCUCCGACAUAUUCCCGCCGAUCGCCGCGCUCGACCUCCAGGGCCUGCGACGCAGGAUGACGAACCUCUUCGCCAUCAUGUACCGCCACUUCGACGACCAGGUGGCUCUACGGCUGCGUAGCCGGGAAGCCGGAGAGGCGCCCAAGAAGGACGUGCUGGACACGGUCCUCGAUAAGGACGGCGAAUGGAAGCAGGAGGGGUCUCUGCUAAGCCAUGAUGUCAUGAGAGCACUCCUCUCCGAUUUGUACGGCGCCGGAGCAAGCACGACAGCGGCUCUCAUCGAGUGGGGAAUGGUGGAUCUGCUUCAGAACCCAGAGGUGAUGCGCAAGGUCAAGGAGGAGCUCGCUACGGUUCUUGGCGACAAACCGCUCAUGGAAGAAUCCGACAUUGCCCGGCUCCCAUACCUCCAAGUCGUCGUCAAAGAGAUCCUUCGUCUGCGGAUGGUGGUGCCGCUGGUACCUCGCAAAGCGGAGGCUGACAUCGAGGUGAAUGGCUACAGGAUCCCUAAGGGCACCAACGUGAUCCUCAACGCGUGGGCGAUCAACCGGAGCGCCGACGCAUGGUCGGAUCCGGACAAGUUCGUCCCCGAGAGGUUCAUCGGCGGCGAGACCAAGAACUUCCAGCUGGGGCAGGACUUUGACAUGAUACCAUUCGGUCUUGGCCGACGCAUCUGCCCCGGGAUGCCGCUUGCACAGAAGCUGAUACCGCUGAUUCUUGGCACGCUGCUCCAUCGGCUCGAGUGGGAGCUUCCUGCGGAGGUCAAGGAGGCUGGGAUAGACAUGACAGAGAAGUGUGGGGUGGUGUUAUCUCUAGUCACCCCCCUUACAGCCAUACCUAAGGAAAUAUGACUUGUAUUCUCCCGAGCGGCUCAUUUCAUUUCAUCCUGUAGUUUGGUAAUUCUAUCUUUCAUGAGAUCGGUAAGGAAAAACUUCAUAUUAAAUAAAACUAAGUAAUCCCAGAAA